UAGCUUUGUUAAUUUGACUCCACAAUAAUAUUUUUUUGUGAGAAGAAACAGAUCAAAUUGAUCUGUUUUCUUCUUCUUUUUUUUUUUUUUUUAAAAAAAACAAUGACUUGGCCAUUGCUUUUUCUCUUGUUUUCAUCUUUUGCUUAUUCUCAUGCACAACUUACAUUAGACUACUAUGCUAAAACAUGUCCACAAUUUGAUUCCAUUGUGAGGGACAUCUCUCAACAAAAACAAACGGAGUUCCCCGCCACGGCGGCCGCGACCCUCCGCGUAUUUUUCCACGAUUGUGCUGUCGAUGGUUGUGAUGCCUCCGUCCUUAUAAAACCAACCGCGUUCAACAAAUCCGAGCUCGACUACGACAUCAACCAUUCCCUCGCCGGUGACGCGUUUGACCUAAUCACCCGUAUCAAGACCGCGGUCGAGCUCGCUUGCCCGGGAGUCGUGUCGUGCGCGGACAUAUUAGCGACCGCCACCCGAAACCUCGUAGUUAUAACCGGUGGGCCCCACUACAAAGUCCCGUUGGGCCGGAAGGACAGUCUAGUUUCCAACGUAUCAAACGUGGAAGCACACCUGACGCGUGAGAACGCGACGGUUGACCUAAUGAUAAAUAAAUUCCAAUCCAUGGGGUUUAAUGUCAAGGACAUGGUUGUGUUGAUUGGUGGUGGACAUACAAUUGGAUUUGUUCAUUGUAAGGAGUUUGCUCAUAGGAUUUUCCCAACUCCUGACCCUACAAUGAAUCCAAUAUUAGUUGAAAGAUUGAGCAAAAUGUGUGCAAAUUAUACUAAUAACAGUGACAUGUCAGCCUUCCUAGAUGUUUUAAGUCCUGGUAAUUUUGACAAUGUGUUGUUCAAGAAUUUGAUGAAGGGCAUUGGGGUGCUAGGUUCAGAUCAAUUAUUAUAUAGUGACCCUAGGACAAAGCCAUUUGUUGAACUAUAUGCUAAUAAUGCUAUUGCAUUUGCUAAUGAUUUUGCUCAAGCAAUGGAGAAAGUAAGUGUAUAUCAAGUCAAGAGUGGUCAACAAGGGGAGGUGAGGAAGAGAUGUGAUUCUAUUAAUCAUAUUUGAAAGAAAUUGACAUAAAUUUAUAUUUUAUUUGAUGGGAGGGUUUUUUUGGAUUUUUGAAUGAUCCAAGAAGUAGUCUCUCCAUCAUGAUGAUGAUUUAUAGAAUUUGUGUUUUUAUAAUAUGAUGAUGAAAUGAUAAUAUUGGACAAGAAUUUAAUAGUACUUUAUGAUUAUUUGAUCAAA